AUGGAGGCGGUCGCAAUGUCGCCGUCAUCCGUCUCCUCCCACACCCACACCCACGACGACCAUGACUCCGCCUCCGUCACCGAGGGCAUGUCCUUGCAGGAAGGCCUCCUCUUCUCCGACACCCUCAAGGACCUGAGGAAUCUGCGGUCACAGCUGUACUCAGCUGCAGAAUAUUUUGAAGUAUUCUACCGAAACAAUUCGCACAAAUCUACGGUGAUGACGAGUUUGAAAGAUUACACGGUUGAAGCCGUUGUUAGCACAGUGGACCAUCUGGGUUUUGUGUCAUACAAGGUGGAUAAUCUUGUCAGCGAGAAAGCUGAUGAGGUUAACGAAACUGAAUUUCUAGUAUCUUCAGUUGAACAGAGGGUUCGAAUUUGCCAACAGACAACUGACCAGGAAGGAAGAUCUCAACAAGCUCUUCUCAUCAAGGCGCCAAAGCGUGCUCGUGAACCAUCUCCAACACCUAACGAUGCAUACCAUCGGUCACGGUCAUUGUCACCUUCUCGUAAAGCACGAGCUAAAUCUCCAUCUCCUCAAAUCGUGAACACAAACACUACAAAAGAAACAAGGGCAGGCUCGCCGAUACCAAAUUCUAAUCCUCUGGCACGGUCCGCUACAGUUGCAAGAAGACCGCCAUUGAACUCAAAGCAUUUGAGACAAACUUCGAUGCAGUUGCACACCAACUGGGAUCAGCACAAGGAACAGGAGAAAAACUCAAGCAAAGGCAGGGGUUUCCUCAAGUCACUGCUCACCCGGCGCAGGUGGAGGAACGAUGAGUCGUUGUACAGUUACUUGGAUGAGUACUGA